AUGCAGAACCUUCCGGUCCUGUCAGCUCCAGAACCAAGCGAAAAGCUAUUUUUAUAUCUCGGAGUAUCCAGCAUCGCGGCAAGUGGUGUUUUGAUCUGCUGUGCAGAGGGGAAGCAAUAUCCAGUGUUCUAUGUUAGCAAAACACUGACUGAGGCCGAAAGAUGUUAUUCAAAGGCGGAGCAGGUGAUACUCUCGCUAGUGCAUGCGAAAAGAAAGCUCAGGCAUUAUUUUGAAUCCCAUCCUAUCAGCGUUCUAACCACUUUCCCUAUCAGAGUAAUCCUGCACAAACCAGACCUCUCAGGAAGGAUAACGAAGUGGGCCAUAGAGUUAAGCUCAUUUGAUAUCACAUACGAACCCAGAACGGCAGUCAAAGGGCAAGCGGUGGCAAAUUUUUUACUAGAAUGCAUUGGGAUCAAACUGCAGACGCCAGAAGGUACAUCCUUAAGUCAAGCGCUCCGGCUUGAAUUCAGAGCUACCAACAAUAAGGCGGAGUAUGAAGCACUGCUGGCAGGAAUUAAGCUUGCCAAGGAGUUGAAUGUCAAAAAUUUGACUGUUUUUAGUGACUCGCAAUUAAUUGUUCGGCAGGUGAAUAGCGAGUAUGAAACCAAAGAUGAAAUGAUGGAAGUAUAUCAUUCUGCUGUUAUGCGGGAGGCCAAAAACUUUGAAAAAUUUGAAUUCAUUCAAAUUCCGAGGGAGCAUAACGAGGAUGCCGAUCGGCUAGCAUGUAGUGCCUCGGGUUCUGGAGAAACAUUGGCAAGGCAAAGUUGGAUUGAUCCGAUCAUAACUUACAUUCGGGAUGGUACUCUACCUGAGCAAAGAGAUGAGGCUAGGAAAAUCAAAUCGAAUGCUGCAAAGUACGCCAUAGUGCAUAACCAGUUGUAUAGAAGAUCUUUUUCCGGGCCGUACUUAAAGUGCGUUACCCCUACAGAGGCUCGGCAGAUACUGCGAGCUAUUCAUGAAGGUGUUUGUGGAAACCAUUCAGGAGGAAGGUCUUUAGCGCACAAAGUAAUGACACAAGGGUACUUCUGGCAGAACAUGUUGCGAGAUGCAGAAGAAUUAUCCAGAAGGAUGACCCAAAGGCGACUGACUGGAGAAAGCCCAUUUGCCAUGGCAUAUGGUACCGAGACAGUUAUACCGGUCGAACAUUUGGUUCCGACUGUCCGAAGCUUGGCAUGGAACCAAGAGCAUAACGACAGUAUGUUGAGGUUUAACCUUGAUAUGUUGGAGGAAAAAAGAGAUGCAGUAAGGCUUGCAUCCUACCAACAGACACUUAUGAAUAGCCAUAACAAAAAGGUAAAGCACAGGGACUUGCACAAGGUGAUCUGGUUCUGA